AUGAAGCGUCAACGAGUCGGAAUCGCUUGCGAUAAAUGUCGCGACCUAAAGGCCAAGGUUCGAUCAUCGCUCGGGUCAAACGGAACUGUAGGAGGUGGACUACCGGGAUUUGCGAGAGCCGUCGAUUCCUAUGAAGCAUUACUCCAGCAGCUCCGGUCUGGUUUAGACAGUGCUCAUCAAGCUACGUUGGAUGCCAGUCUAGGGGAGAUCCGACGUCAUAUCCCGCAUAAGGAGCAAUCCGCCAGUCGCACUAGUAUUGAGGCAUCUCCAGAACAUAACGACACAGGAGCAGUAUCAUCGCCCUCUACGUAUUUAGGCAAAGCGAGUGACAUUCACUUCAUACAGAGUAUUCGGCAAUGUGUGCAAGGUCCAACAGAUCCAAGUGCCGAGGCGGCUCAAAGCUACAGCCAAACCCAUUCUCCGGAAAGUUUGACCCUUUUCAAGUAUCCCUUGCUUUUUCCGUCGCCGGCUGAGGCGGAACAGUUCUUGGAUGUUUUUCUCUCCACUAUUCAUAUUGCAUACCCGUUCAUCUGCAAGUCGGUCUUGUUGGAAGCCUUCAAGAGUUUCCAGGCUGGGGACAUCAAUAAGCCUGAGUUCCGACCAUGGCUUGCAUUGUUUAGUAUGAUCUAUUGGUGUACUUCUUUCUUUGAGACACAUUUCUAA